CCGAGUUUGACGGGGCUGGAAAGUCCCUUUCAAAUGGUCUUCAGUCUGAAGAUGAGAAUCCGUUUUUAGAGCAUUAAUAACUAUUAGGUGUUUAGCAUUAUUACGUUCAACCUGCACACAGGCGUUGUGAGAGUUCUAGCUAGCAAACAACCGCUAAAUCACUUCAGUUUGAGGGUGUACAUUGUCUAGGUGGCCAGCCAGGCUCUUUGUGUAGGGAUGUUUUGUUUUUGUUGAACAUCACAGCUCUCGUAGCUUGUUAGAUCAUUUGCAAUGUGUUGAAGCCCAUAAUAUUGAUAGCAUACGGUGCUAAUUUUGACUGAAAGGUUAGAAAAAGUAGCCUGUGGACGUUGCAAAGCGACAAAGAUAUAAGGAGUUUGACGUCGAGGAGAUGGGGAAUUGUCUAAAAUCUCCAACCUCGGAUGAUAUUUCCUUGCUUCAUGAAUCACUAUCGGAUAGAGCUAGUUAUGGUGAUGGGGCAGAUCCAGAUCAGGAACCACCGCCACCAUACCAGGAGCAGCCCUAUGUGCCAGUGUACCACCCCACGCCCAGUCAGGCCCGCCUGGCCAGCCAGCUAACAGAGGAGGAGCAGGUCCGCAUUGCCCAACGCAUUGGCCUCAUACACCACCUCCCCAAGGGAGUGUACGACGCUAGCAGGGACGGCUCCGAGAAGAAAAUCAGAGAGUGUGUGAUUUGCAUGAUGGACUUUGUGUAUGGAGACCCCAUCCGGUUCCUGCCCUGCAUGCACAUCUACCACAUGGACUGUAUAGAUGACUGGCUGAUGCGCUCCUUCACCUGCCCCUCCUGCAUGGAGCCAGUGGAUGCUGCGCUGCUCUCCUCCUACGAGACCAACUGAGACACAACAGCACCACCACUACCACCCCUGCACACUGUUUUGACUUACUCCCGCAUUCCACCUAUGCGGCCCCCUCCAGCAUCCCCAUGACCCACAGACAGCACCUCCAACAUGGGGGAGGGUCACAGCCUCUGGGAGCAGUUGAGGGCUGUGUGGUGGUGUUGAAGGGUGCUGUGGAGGCGAUGGAUGGCUAACACAGAGAGGGGGCCUCUACCUUCUGGCCUGGCCUGCUGGACAGGAAAGCACAGGCUGGGGGAGGACUGUGGAUACUGGUGACCAAGACUGUCUCUUACUGUCAUAUAUCACCCUCUGUCCACAGCCAACAUUUUUAACGUGUUAAAACUCUAGAAAUACAGAUAUAUGCAAAGAUCUCUUGCAAGGAGGUGAUUCACUGGCUUUCCUCUCCUUAACAUUGUGUUCAAGUCGGAAGCUCUGUUCUACCAGUCCUCUUAAGGGCUCAUUGGAUUAGUUUUACUAAUACAGAGGAGCAAACUAUUAAUGCACAUGUACACAAAUCAGAAGAACUUCCACUUAUUUUCUAGCCCCAGUGGAAGAGUUCAGCAUAUGCUUACAAAAUAUUUGAAUAGAAACACUUAAUUUUCUCAUAUUCAGUAACCGCAACAUGAUUGUUUCAACCCAAUGGUAAGGUUUGUUUUCCUGAGGUUGACACUCUAUCCUUAUUUGGUGAGUUUCUUAGACUAAUGAUCAGUCAAAAACUGAUCAUAUUGGUCUGCUAGGGGUUGGUCGCAAGGUGUGUUCGAUCAAAAUACUCUUGUUUAGCACAGUCUUUCUAGACUGCAAAUCAAAUCAAAUUUAUUUAUAUAGCCCUUCGUACAUCAGCUGAUAUCUCAAAGUGCUGUACAGAAACCCAGCCUAAAACCCCAAACAGCAAGCAAUGCAGGUAUAGAAGCACGGAAUAAAUGAAAAAUACUCACGUUUCAUACCAGAGAUAUUCAACCUUCAAUUCACCCCAUUCAGAACAAGUGUCUUAGUCAUAUUACCAAGACCAUAUGAUUUAUCCUGUGUUUUGGUUAAUCAUGUCACAUGACCUGGAUUUUAACCUUUUCUUUUUAGCCUUUUCCAGAAUUUAGAUUAAAAAUGAAAGCAAUUGUCUAAGGAUGGAGAUGAUACAUCUGACAUAAAAAGUUUGAUGAAAAAGCUUUAAAUAAUGGUUGAAAUCCAGGUCAUGUGACAUGAUUAACCAAAACACAGGGCCCUAGUUCAUAAUGCAUACACACAAGUCAUUCAGUUAAUUUCAAUGAAUUAAGUUACAUGCCCUAGUGUUUAUUUAUUAGUUCAACAUAUGAAUCAUCAGGUUGUUGUGCAAGGGGUUUGGAAAUGAGUGUGCUAACCACCCCAAACCUUUAGAAUUUUGUGUUCGUCUGCAUCUGUCUGAGCACGUGUGUUUCCUCAUCCUACUUGUAAAUAAUGUUGUUUUUCCAAGACUUUCCUGAUUUUCAUACUUAAACAUAGAAAAAAUCUCUAAUGUAUUAUGAUAACAUGCUGGAACCUUUUAACAACUAUUCAAUCAGCACAGUUCGCUGUAACCAAUAGUUAAUAAAUAAUGGGUGUGGUUUUGAUCAUGUUAUGUUGCUGUAUUUUGACUGGCUCGAAUUAAAUGCAAAUGUUUAUUUACAUUUUAUUUUAAAUGGGGGCAAAGUAUCUUUCAUGUUAAGUGAUAAUUUUGCGACAUUUAAUAAAAGUAUUUUAGAUGUA